UCGGCGGCGCGCCGACUGCUGUUGUUCUGACCGAGCUGCGGGCUGGACCGCGGCAGGUAGCGUUACCUUCGCCGCCAUGCGCCGCGCCCGGCGCUGACAGACCUCCACCCUGGUGGGCGGAAGGGAUGGAGAACCCGAGUGUGCCUCCUGGGCCUUAUCGGGCCACCAAGCUGUGGAAUGAACUUACCACAUCUUUUCGAGCAGGAAUGCCUCUAAGAAAACACAGGCAACACUUUAAAAAAUAUGGCAAUUGUUUUACAGCAGGAGAAGCAGUGGAUUGGCUUUAUGACCUAUUAAGAAAUAAUAGUAAUUUUGGUCCUGAAGUAACAAGGCAACAGACUAUCCAACUAUUGAGAAAAUUUCUUAAGAAUCAUGUAAUUGAAGAUAUCAAAGGCAGAUGGGGAUCAGAAAAUCUUUAUGACAACAGUCAGCUAUUCAGAUUUCCUGCAAAUUCUCCACUUAAAACUCUUCCACGAAGGCAUCCAGAAAUGAGAAAAAACAGCAUAGAGAACUUUUCGAAAGAUAAAGAUAGUAUUUUCAAAUUACGAAACUUAUCUCGUAGAACUCCUAAAAAGAAUGGAUUACAAUUCUCUCAGGAAAGUACAGAAAACAUGAACUGUGAAGUAAUCAAUGAAGAUCAAGAAAACUCAGUUGAUAAUAGAGAAAUCAGCCAGAAAGAUGUUGAAGAAGUUUGGAGAUAUAUUAUUCUGAUCUACCUGCAAACCAUUUUAGGUGUGUCAUCCCUAGAAGAAGUCAUAAAUCCAAAACAAGUGAUUCCUCAAUAUAUAAUGUACAACAUGACCAAUACAAGUAAACAUGGAGUAGUUAUAUUACAAGACAAAUCAGAUGAUCUUCCUCAUUGGGUAUUAUCUGCCAUGAAGUGCCUAGCAAAUUGGCCAAGAAGUAAUGAUAUGAAUAAUCCAACUUAUGUUGGAUUUGAACGAGAUGUAUUCAGAACAAUUGCAGAUUAUUUUCUAGAUCUCCCUGAACCUCUACUUACUUUUGAAUAUUAUGAAUUAUUUGUGAACAUUUUGGUUGUUUGUGGCUACAUCACAAUUUCAGAUAGACCCAGUGGGAUACAUAAAAUACAAGAAGAUCCACAGUCUUCAAAAAUCCUUCACUUAAACAGUUUGAAUUCCUUCAAAUCAACUGAGUGUCUUCUUCUCAGUCUGCUUCAUAAAGACAAAAACAAAGAAGAAUCAAAUACUGCUGAGAGACUGCAGAUAAGCGACCAUGGAUCUCAAGAAAAAUGUGUUAAGAAAAUGCAGCUAGUUGAUUUGCAAAACAGAAGAGCCAGUGCUAAUGACAUAAUAGGAGGAAGCUGUCAUAAUUUAAUAGGCUUAAAUAGUAUGCAUGUUCUAUCCUCUAACAUAAAACCAAGGUGCUGUUCUUUAGAAGGAAUUGUAGAUUUGCCAGGGAAUUCAAGUAGAGUCUUCAGUGUCUUCCAUCAAUCUAUUCUGAACAUAAAAGAACAAAGUAAUAGACAAUUUUUAGAGACUGAGACCAAACAGGAAUCCAUAAUGAAUUUUCAUUCAGAGGAAAGCAUUCAAAAGCCACUCUGUGUUGGUUUUAAGAGAACUUCUACUAUGACUGUUCAAGACCAAGAGGAGUUAUAUAAUGGAAAAAGCAAGUCAAAACAGCUUUGUAGAUCUCAGAGUUUACUUUUAAGAAGUAGUACAAGAAGGAAUAGUUAUAUCAAUAUGCCAGUGGCUGAAAUUAUCAUGAAACCAAAUCUUGGACAAUGCCGCACAAGUGUGCAAACAGCUAUGGAAGGUGAACUCGGAGAGCCUAGUGCCACAAUCAAUAAAAGACUCUGCAAAAGUACAAUAGAACUUUCAGAAAAUUCUUUACCUUCAGCUUCUUCUAUGUUGACUGGCACACAAAGUUUGCUGCAACCUCAUUUAGAGAGGGUUGCCAUCAAUGCACUACAGUUAUGUUGCUUGUUACUUCCCCCACCAAAUCGUAGAAAGCUUCAACUUUUAAUGCGCAUGAUUUCUCGAAUGAGUCAAAAUGUUGAUAUGCCCCAACUUCAUGAUGCAAUGGAUACAAGAUCACUGAUGAUACACACUUUUUCUCGGUGUGUGCUAUGCUGUGCUGAAGAAGUGGAUCUUGAUGAGCUUCUUGCUGCAAGAUUAGUUUCUUUCCUAAUGGAUCAUCAUCAGGAAAUUCUUCAAGUACCCCCUUACUUACAGACUGCAGUUGAGAAACAUCUUAACUACUUAAAAAAGGGCCAUAUUAAAAAUCCUGGAGAUGGACUGGUUGUUCCUUUGCCAACGUAUUCAUACUGUAAGCAGAUUAGUGCUCAGGAGUUUGAUGAACAAAAAGUUUCUACCUCUCAAGAUGCAAUUGCAGAACUUUUAGAGAAUAUUAUUAAAAACAAGAGUUUGCCUUUAAAGGAGAAAAGGAAAAAACUAAAACAGUUUCAGAAGGAAUAUCCACUGAUAUAUCAGAAAAGAUUCCCAACCACGGAGAGUGAAGCAGCACUUUUUGGUGACAAACCUACAAUCAAGCAACCAAUGUUAAUGUUAAGAAAACCAAAGCAUAGUAUGAGAUACUAACUGAAUUACAAAUAAUACUUAUGGAACUUAAGUAAAUAAAGCCAUAUCUAAGAAUCUGACUACUUUUUAAAAAGGAAGUCUACUUAUUAGGGUUUUUUUCCUAAAUAAAGCACAGUAUAAAGAAGGUGCCAAAAUAUUUUUUAUCAAUGUGAAACUGCUAAGAAACUAGUGAAUCCCAACUUAGAGAAAAUAACAAUAGGUGAUACCGAUAUUUUAAUGAGAAACAAUUUUUUGUUUUUUUAUACAACUAUCUGAAAAGCUAUGGUAUAUGCUAAAAUUGUAUUUACUUGAAUUUUCACACUGACCAGGUGUUCAAUAAGAUUAAGCUGUAAUUCUGUUUUUAAAAGGAAACUUAUCAGCAUGUGUGCUUAUGGAUAUUAGCUUAAAGAAUUAGUUGUUUAGGGUUUUGUUUCUAAGUUAAGAAUGUGAAGAAUGUUU